UAACAUGUUUUCAGUUUUCUCUUUUCUAGUCUACCUCUGACGGUACAAACUCACGGCGCUUCCAAAAAAUCCAAAACCAUGGAGAAGAGAAGAAACAAGAAGAAGAAGCAUGGUGGUAGCAAGAAGACUAAGAUGACCUCUGAGCAAGCAGAGGCUACUAAAUCGGUCAGCGAUUGGCUCUUUAUAGGUUCUUCUUCUUCUUCAUCUCCACCUCUCUCCUCUACUGACUUUGCCGUCACAAUCAAUAACGGUUCUUUGAGACGCGGAGAGAAACUGGUCUUCGAGCUUCACUCUCAUUCGAAUCGCAGCGAUGGCUUUCUUUCUCCUUCAAAGCUCGUCGAAAGGGCUCAUACCAAUGGGGUGAAAGUUCUUUCUUUAACGGACCAUGACACAAUGGCUGGCAUUCCAGAAGCUGUCGAAGCAGGACGUAGAUUCGGUAUAAAGAUUAUCCCCGGCAUCGAGAUCAGCACACUGUUCCGCUCCAGAGAAGAGUCCGGUUCCGAAGAACCGGUGCAUAUACUUGCGUACUAUGGCACAUCCGGUCCAGCGAUGUACGAUGAGUUAGAAGACUUCUUGGUGAAGAUAAGGGACGGGCGUUUCGUCCGUGGGAGAGAAAUGGUGUCCAAGUUGAAUAAACUCAAGAUACCUCUCAGAUGGGAACACGUCACCAGGAUCGCUGGCGAGGGUGUUGCUCCCGGUAGGAUGCACGUAGCUCGGGCGCUUCUUGAAGCUGGACACGUGGAGAAUUUAAGACAGGCUUUCACUAAAUAUUUGCAUGAUGAUGGACCUGCUUAUGCCACAGGGAGCGAGCCUAUGUCGGAGGAAGCAGUGAAACUUAUAUGCAAAACAGGUGGUGUAGCUGUUCUCGCACACCCGUGGGCGUUGAAGGAUCACGUCAGUGUUAUUCGGAGGUUGAAAGAUGCUGGACUUCAUGGAGUCGAGGUUUAUAGGAGUGACGGCAAGCUUCAAGUGUUUAGCGAUUUGGCGGAUACGUACAGUCUACUGAAGCUAGGAGGAUCAGAUUAUCAUGGUAAAGGCGGACGCAAUGAAUCAGAGCUAGGGAGUGUUAACCUUCCUGUGAAGGCGUUGCAGGAUUUCUUGAAGCUUGGGCGUCCUAUUUGGUGUGAGGCCGUUAAAGCAACAAUGAGAACGUUCCUCGAACAACCGUCUGAUUCAAACCUCUCCAAUAUCUUGAGGUUCGAUAGGGCGAGGAUUCUCAAAGGAAGCUCGUCUUGGUCCUGCGGUAGAGAGUUGAUGGACCGAUGCUUAGCGAUUUGGUUGACGAAUGAUGAGAGAGAAAAUGACGAGUUUGAGGAUCUCAGAUUGAAGCUCUCUUGUGUGGUUAUCAACUCAAAGGGAUCCUGUGUCACCGUUGGUGCUUAAAUACUCUAGUGAGAUCUCUUUGAUGCCAUGUGUUGACGAUCGAUAUGACAUGUAAUGCUCUGAUUAUGACAAUGGACUGGGAUACGCGGUCGGAUCAUUUCGAAAAAAGCAAUCACUAGCUUGCUGAUAAGGAUCUGGUGCAGAUUCCUAAUUACUAUUGCCAAUGAAACGAACGCUUUCAUGUCCUCUUUUUUGUACUAGUGGACGAGUGUGUCUCUCUUUGCCUCACUGUUUGCUAAUGAACGUUUACAUUCCUUGACAUAGUAAGAAUUUAAGAACACACGUUUCAAUCAAGAUUUAUACUCA